CAUGAUAAAAAGAUGGGCAAUUUGGAAAAUGAUCAACAGAAAAAUGGGUAAUUUAGAUGCUUAAACAUUUAAAAACAAAAAUGGGUAAUCUAGAAAAUGAUAUAAAAAAAAAAGUUUGGCAAUUUAAUCUCAACAAUCGAAGGGAUUAUCUCUAUAGCCCUCGACCCCUCCAAGAACACGGUGACCAUAAUCGGUGAAGCCGAUCCCGUUUGCAUUAUUAAGAAGGUUAGGAAAUUCAGAAAAUCUGCUCAGAUUACGAGUAUAGGCCCCCUCCAAAGGAAGAGAAGAAAGAAGCUCUUCCUACCCUUCCGAAAGCGUGCCAGAAAUGCCAUGUUUGGUUAAAUUGAACGAUAUGGAUCGGCUCAAAAGCUCUGCGCGUUUCAUGAUAGUUUCCGAUCUUGACCAUACAAUGGUUGAUCAUCAUGAUCCUGAGAAUCUAUCUCUGCUUAGGUUUAAUGCUCUGUGGGAAGCACACUAUCGUCAUGAUUCUCUGUUAGUGUUCUCAACAGGAAGGUCUCCUACGCUUUACAAGCAGUUGAGGAAAGAGAAACCUAUGCUAACCCCUGAUAUAACCAUAAUGUCUGUUGGAACUGAAAUAACAUAUGGCAAUUCAAUGGUGCCUGAUGAGGGUUGGGUUGAAUUCUUAAAUAACAAGUGGGAUAAGUGCAUAGUCAUGGAGGAAGCAAGCAAGUUUGCCGAACUUACUCUUCAGGCAGAGACGGAGAUACGACCGCACAAGGUUAGCUUCUAUGUUCAGAAAGACAAGGCUCGGGAAGUGAUGAAAGCUCUUUCUGAGAUUUUUGAAAAACGUGGGCUGGAUGUUAAAAUUAUAUACAGUGGAGGAAUGGAUUUGGAUAUUUUGCCACAAGGGGCUGGCAAAGGUCAAGCUCUUGCUUAUCUUCACAAAAAGUUCACAUCAGAGGGAAGAUUACCCAAAAAUACUCUUGUUUGUGGAGACUCUGGAAAUGAUGCUGAAUUAUUCAGCAUUCCAGAUGUUUAUGGUGUCAUGGUAAGUAAUGCCCAAGAAGAAUUGUUGCAGUGGCAUGCUGAAAAUGCUAAGGAUAACCCUAAAAUAAUCCAUGCAACGGAGAGUUGUGCAGCAGGCAUCAUACAAGCCAUUGGACAUUUUAACCUUGGCCCAAGCACAUCUCCAAGAGAUGUUAUGGAUUCCUUUGACUCAGUGCCUGAAAAGUUUGAACCCGGGCAUGAAAUAGUGAAAUUUUUCUUGUUUCUUGAGAGAUGGAGGCGCGCAGAAAUGGAAUUUUCUGAGCUCUAUUUGGCGAGUCUGAAAGCACUCAGUCUUCCGUCCUGUGUUUUCGUCCAUCCAUCUGGUGCUGAGCAAUCUGUGCUUGACUGUACAAAUGAAUUGAGAAGGUCCUAUGGGGAUAAACAAGGGAAGCAAUAUCGAGUUUGGGUAGAUCAAGUUAUACCUACAGAGAUUGGUUCAAAUAUUUGGUUACUGAAUUUCACAAAGUGGGAGUUGUCAGGUGAAGAGCGGCGUGGUUGCGUGGCCACAGUUCUACUGAGUUCAAAGGAUCUGAGUACUCCAGAAGGGUUCACUUGGGUGCACAUGCAUCAGACAUGGGUGGAUGAAGCAAGAGCAAAAGAUCAUACUGAUUGGGUCUGUUAGAUUGAGCCUGAAGAUCGGUCCUGCAGCCCGCUCUAAAGAUCAGUAUCCUAUUCGUUUUCCAGUUGAGAAAAUAAAUAUAAGAGAUGCAUUGCAGAUAUAUUUUCUUGUUUACAGACCAUAAAUUAUCCAUCAACUCAGUCAAGGAUAUCUUGUUUAUCACAAUACUUGAUUUAUCAAGCAAAGAUUCCUUGUUUGGUGGUUUUA